UACGAAGCACUCUCUCUCCAAGAUCUAAAAUCUAUUAUAUCGGAGCUACUAUCCCUACUACUUGUAAACCAAUCCAAAAGGAGAAAUUUAGAAAGGGGAAAUCUUCGAUUCGAGAUGAUGCGGACCAAUUAUGUUACAAUGUUGCAAUAGAAAACUUGGUGAGAUAUCCAAA